AGUCUCCAGAUCACAUCAGACCAAUCCACCUGCAAAUCAUAACUUGGAACACUACUAAAGAUUUUGCAUCAAAAGAACAAUUAUUUGCAAUGAGAAUAAGAACGUUCACAGGCAUGGAUAAAGGAUUUAUCCUCUAUGUUCUGUUGGUGACACUGUCUUGGAGAUCUAUGGCAGAAAGCACGGUCUCAAGUGCUGCUAUGUCGACAACAGCAAAUAGCGGCACAACAACUAUGGCGGAAAGCACGGUGAUGAGUACCGCUAUGUCGACAGCAGCAAAUAGCGGCAAAACAACAUUUGUAGAAAACACUGCUCCUGCAGUGUCACCAAACAACACAGUGCAAACUCUUGAGGCGGACAUUGAUAGAACUCAGUGUGGAUCUGAGCAGCUGUGUGUAGCUGAGCCCUUUGAGUGUGAUCCCUCUGCAACAGUAUCCUGCUUCUUCCUUGGUGCCAAGCGGCAACGUGGUCGAAAUUUUUUUUUUGAACUCUCAGGGGAGUCAGAGGGCUACAUAGCAGCAACUAUAACAGAUGGCAAUACAAAGGGAGAUCCAACCUAUAUCUGUGCAAAGAGCAAAGGUCGAGUCCAAUUCAUUGGUGCGCUCCUCAACAAUACUUUGCUGACUCGUUCAGAGCUCAGUGUGAACUCUGUAAAGGGCAACAUCACAGGCAAACGAAUUCAGUGCAGCUUUCUUGCCACAGUUCCAGAUCCAAUGAACCGAACAACAAGCAUCAGGCUUUCAGUUUCCACAGGAGACUUUAAUGAAACUGAUGAAUCCCUAGGAGCUCCUUCAACUGUAAUAAAGACCAACCUAGUAGACCUGGGAAACCCUAACAUGACUGUCAUCAAUGUGAUCAGCUCUAACACAACUACCCCAUCACUAACAGCCGCAGGAAAUAAUCUAACCACAACAGGACCAUCUAACAAUGCAACCACAGCAGCACCAUCUAACAAUGCAACCAUGAUGGCAGGCAUCCCCCCACUUCAGGCAGCUGUUUCUAAAGAUGGAUGUGAUUUCACAAAGCUCUGUGUAGUUCAACCCUCAGAGUGUGAUCCCUCUACAGGGGCCAAUUGCUUUUUCCUCUCUGCCAGGCAACACAUCGGACAAACAUUUGAAUUUGAGCUCUCAGGACAAACAAGUGGCUACAUUGCUGCUGGCGUCUCAACUGCUGCAAAUAAGGCUGGCAGUCACAGAGCCUACAUCUGUGUAAACAACAGCGGUGCUGUCAGAUUCCUAACUGGUACCAUUGAUAAUUCAGUGCUUAAUACGACAGAGACGUUGAACUCAAGCAAUGAGAAGGGCACAGUCAACAAUGGCAAAAUCCAGUGUACAUUUACAGCUGCACUACCAAACACAACUUCCCGAGCAAGCACCCAAUACUCGUUAUCAGUUACAACUGGAUCUUACGAUGCCAGUUCUGGGGUGUUUGGAAAAGCGGAUUUCAAAGUUCUGACACCUCUUGUAAACAUUUCUGAUCCUGCUGCUAACGUCUCCAAUUUGCUAGCCAGUGACACCUCUGCUUCCUCUGCUGUUCUGGUCACACCCACAAAGUCAUUCCUGCCAGCUCUGCUGGUUACCGUGUGUAUGCUGACUUUCACCAUAAUGUGAAGAAACCAUCAGCAUAUUUUGUUUUGAUUCCGAAACUUAAGAGAAUUUGUUGCCAAAUGUUUUACGUGUUACUCCGGAAGCACUGUAAAUCAAAAUGUAUUCUUUGUUUAAAUGAUGAAGCUUUCACUGGUGGGUGUUAUAUGCAGAUUACGUGCAAAGGGGAUGAUAAAAUUGCUACAUAUGAUGCCAAAUAUUGGUGUAUAAGUAAUCUUGACAUUUACUGAGAAAAACAAAAUAUUCUAAUAUAUGUCAUCAUAGCUUAAAAAAUAAGGAUGCCAACUUAGUUGUUCUUUCGCAGGUAAAUAAAUAUAUUUAUAUUCAAAA